AUGACGACAAGCAUGAAUAAGCAUAUGUCGACCUGGCGUAGCCUUAGAAUACCUCCUGAAGAGUUGAGACUAGAUACUACUUUGAAAUGUGGUCAAGCUUUUCGGUGGAAAGUUUCGGGCGAAAGUCAAUGGUCCUGCGCUUUUAAAGGAAGGUUUAUCACUCUGAGACAAACAGAUUCGGAUAUAGAAUAUCAAUCUUAUUUCCCGAUAAAAAAAUCUUCCGAUGAAGUUAAUCAUGAAUUUGAACUAAUUGAUAAAUUUCUCAUGGACUACUUUAAUUUAAGUCCAAUGAUUAAUUUACGUGAAUGUUAUGAUCGCUGGAGCAUGGCAGACAAACAUUUUGCAAAGAUAGCAUGUCAAUUUAAGGGUAUUAGAAUAUUACGACAGGAUCCUGUUGAAAACUUGUUCAGUUUUAUUUGUUCUACUAAUAAUAAUAUUAAUCGAAUCUCUCAAAUGAUUGAAAAGUUAUGUAGUAGAUAUGGUAAUUUGGUGUAUACUUUAAAUGGUCAUGAAUAUUAUGACUUUCCCACUUUAGACAAACUUGUUUCAUCAAACGUUGAAUCUGAGCUCCGUCAGUCAGGUUUCGGUUAUAGGGCAAAAUAUAUUUCCCAAACGGCUAAAUAUUUGACGGAGAAUUAUUCCGAUGGAGAAAAAUGGUUAUAUUCUUUGCGCAAUGUAGAUUAUAAAGAAGCACAUUCUGCUUUGUUAAAACUUUCUGGUUGUUUAAUGUCUUUAGAUAAGAAUAAUGCAAUUCCAAUUGAUACACAUGUCUGGCAGAUUGCACAACGAGAAUACGGAUUUGAAAUUGGUGAUCAUUUUCGGAAUUUAUUUGGUGAUUAUAGUGGUUGGGCACAUUCGGUCUUAUUCACCGCUGAUCUUAAAGCUUUUCAAGAUAGACCAUCCUCCUUUACCACAAUGGAUAUCACAAUAGAUACCACAAUUGAUGCCAAGAUUGAUUCAACUUUAUCUGAGAGUGAUAAAAUAAUUGUUCCUAAGAAAAAAUCUCGUUCUAAAAAUAUUCAAAAAGAAUCAAUUCUCCCGAGUAACAAAAAGACUAGAAGGUUCUAA